UGUUCUUCUGGCAACCGCCGCCGAAAAAUCGUCCCUGGCCCACGGAAAUUCGUUCUCCCAGUGUAUCCAUUGUGCGUCGAUGAAGAGAAUCACGUGAUCGCUGCAGCAACCGGUUCGACAAUGCGGCCGAUUGGCUGGACGCUGACGUGCGUGUUAUUGGCAUGCACUUUUUCGAAAAGCCCGAGGGUCGAGAGCGCACGCGUCGUGACCGCGAGAGGAGACGAAGCUGGACGCGCCAAAGUCACAAAACUUUUCCCGAUUUACGACCAAGAGGCGGUGGAUCCUGACGUGCGGGCGCUCAGGGAAUUCCUGGACGAUUUAUUCGGUACCGAGAGCAAGGGUCCAGAAUCAACUGGAAGGCAAGCCCGUACUUUUGGCGUGAAGCGAAUUCAAUUCAUGCUGAUGCCGAUGGUGUACAAAAUGGGAGUGAUGAUGACCAUGAUGACGGUGUUGACGGUGAUCUCGUUGAAAGGAUUGCUUAUUGGCGCCACACUGUUGAUGCUCAAGAUAAGCACGAUAAUCGCAAAGUUUUCGACUGGUUGGGGCCAGCAGCAACCGCCAUCCUGGUCGGCUCAACCCAUCCACGUGCACGUUCACAACAGUCUACCAGUCGGUCACCAGCAAGCAUACAGCGACUGGAUGCAGCACAGCGGUCCAGGAGACGAGGAACACUAUUAUUACAGAGGAUAAUGGAGAAACGCUUCGAGAGCAUCCUGCUCCUCCCGCGGAUAAGAAACUGUUUCAUCGUCGACCACAAACGAAACCAGGCUAUACGCACGUUACAUUACGUCCGUCAUCGUUGCUUUUUCUUUUUUUUUUUCUUGGUCUGUUCAUGCAUCAUCUAUUUCUCUUGCUGUUGCGGUUUGCGCUCGACGAUUGAGCGAAUCGAAACACCUUUGAACGUAUCACGCAUUUAGCCCACGAUGGCACACCCUGCGAACCAAAGCAAGUGAUCUGGGGACGUCCUGUAAAUAAUAGCGCAGUCUACCAGAAGCGAUACGGAACGAAAGAAUGUAGAAUGAAUUUUAGUGGUUUAGUUGUUGUAAAGGAAAAUUACUUUGAUCGCGAGGAUGGGAUACCGUGGAUUCUGUUAAAUGUAAACAGUGGCGUACUCGAAGACGUGGCUGCUAUGACUUGGAAUUUCUAGGACGUUGAUAUCAACAAAUCUGUAAACCUCUGUGAAUUACUUUUUGGGGUGAAUAGAGUUCCAGUGAAUUAAUUUUAACACAUUUUGGCUCUCAAGCACUUGCAAUGAUAAUUUUACUCGUUAUUUUAAUAAAAAUUAAAACAAAUAAAAUUUUAUUUAAAUUUGAAAAUAAUUAUAUAUUCAUGCAUACUGUAUAAAAAUAAUACAUAUGAGAUAAUAUAUGAGAUAAU